GAGGAGAAUCAGCUUCCCAGGGUCUUCCAUACAGCUGCUGGAGUGCCCUGUGGGUGAAAGAAAAGCUCAUGAAAUUUUGCCAUGCAGUAGAGGAGAGGAAGGCAGGGCCAGGGGCAGCAUGAGCAGAGCACCCUGUCCCUAUCAGGGCAGCUGCUGACACUUGUGCAGAGCUGUCCCCUCCAGAGCCACACUGAGAAGCUGCAGCAGGUUGAGAGGAAGGCGAAGAAAACCAGCAAAUAACCAGAAAAGGCUUGAGGGAAAAGGUCUUGAGGGUUCAGUGGAUAUGAUUUUCCAUGAUUAAGCAAAGGUAUUAAAACCUUUUCACCGUGGAAAGAGCACCUGGUGAGCAGGGAGAUAGGCAGAGGGAAUGAGGAGAUGGAGGAGGAAUCAGGAGAGCAAUGGUUCUGCUGUGGCAGCCAGGAGCGCAGAGGCUGCUUCAACAAGACGAUGGCGAAGGUCAAGAAUGUGUUCAGAAUUAAUAACAUUACCAUAAGGCAGAUGCUGGCAGAAGCACUAUCAACAUUCAUUCUCAUGGAUUUUGGCUUGUCCUGUGUGGCACAAGUGGUACUGGGAAAAGGAAGCGUUGGUCAGUAUCUGAGCAUCAACAUAGCAUUUGGCAUUGGCGUUACAUUGGGUAUCUAUGCGGCUGGAAAAAUAUCUGGAGCUCACAUGAAUGCUGCCAUCACAAUUACACAGUGUGUUUUAGGAAACAUCUCUCCGAAAACGGCUGUAGCUUAUGUGUUCGGCCAGUUCCUGGGCUCCUUUUUGGCAGCAGCCGCCGUCUUUGCUCUCUACUACGAUGCUCUUUAUGACUACACCAAUGGGAGCUUUACAGUGACAGGACCAACUGCCACAGCAAUGAUCUUCUCUACGUACCCUGCUUCCAAUGUGUCCUUGCAGGGAGCCUUUUUCUCAGAGUUUACAGCAACAGUUAUGCUGAUGCUGGGUAUUCUAGUAAUCCAUGAUGAGAAAAACAACGCAGCUGUCAAAGGCGCUCAGCCCAUGCUCACGGGUAUCCUGGUCGUGGGCAUUGGUCUGGGAAUGGGGCUGAACACAGGCUAUGCCAUAAACCCCUCCAGGGACCUGCCCCCACGGAUCUUCACGGCAAUUGCUGGCUGGGGAAUGGAAGUCUUCUCGGCUGAUCAUUGCUGGUGGUGGAUCCCAGUCACAGCUCCAACUCUUGGAAGUCUUUUUGGUGUUCUACUCUACAAACUCUGCAUUGAAUUUCACAUCCCGCCUGAAGCUGAACCUGAGAAAGAUGAGGCAGGCACGGAGACUUCCCAACUGUGAUGGCCAUGUGCUGUGAUGACAUAUGUGAAGGGCACAUCUGUCUGUCCACCACGCUGGUGGGACGAGGGACUAGAUUUCAGUAAACCUACUCUGCUUAAACAGACAAGCUUGAUAUCUGAGAUAUUGAAAAGACCUGUGUAGGGCAAGACCUGGCUGUGACCUGAAGGAAUUACUCAAUUUCCCUGUGUAAAAAUCUACAAAAAAAACCCUAACCAAAAACCAAAAAAAAACCCAAAACAAAAAUCAUCAUAUUCUCAAUCAUCAUAUUCUGAAGAAAAGCAAAGCGGAGCUACAAGUCUCCAGAUACGCAUAUAUUCAUAUAAAUCAAAAUACAGGCAUCUACAGUGGUAGAUACAACAUGAUUAAGUCAAUUAACACAUAAAUUUUGAUCUGGAAUAUUGUUUGGUAAGACACAGAUACUACAGGGAUGGACCAGGGUCCUAGGCUUGCUUCAUUUGCAUAUCUGUCACCCUAACAAACACCUAGUUUGGAAAAGCACAGAAGAGAGAAGAACAAGGACACUGUAAAAUAGAAACAUGAACCUGUUGGGUUGUUUGGGGUUUUUCUGUGCUUGUUUUUUAUUUUGUUGGUUUUGAUCUGAACAUUCAGGAAGCAUUGAAAAAUUACUAAACUAAACUACAGGGUCUCCUGAAUCCUGCCACAGUUCUGCUGGAACUUGCUGUCAGGAAAGAACCAUGUGUGUACUGACACUCUAGACUUGAGCUACACCAACUACCACCACAGGAAAGAAGUCAGAGUACUUCUGUGACAGUGUCUCCAAAAUCUUGAACAAACUGACCCCCCCAUACUUUUUUCCUGCUCUGAAUGCAUGAGAAAUGUAAGAGCUUGCCCCGCUGCUGCAGUAAUUCUGCUACCUCCAUCUGAAUGAGGAAGUGGGUCUGCAACAGCCUUACAAGUUUGAGGUGUCACUGGAUUAGAGGCAGAACACUAUCAGAAGCUGCCUGUUCCCAGGAGGGUGACAACAGUCUUAACUUUUCUAGAAAGUGCUCAAGCAAGUAUGGUAUGUAUGCCAAGCACAUAACUGCGGUCCCAGGGCUGGGUGCCAUGAACAAACAACACAGAGUUCUCCAAGAGCAGGAAGUGACAGAACGUCACUACUGCACAGAAUUCCAGGAAAGGGCAUUUACUGGAUUUAAUGGUCAUUCCCAUCCCAAUAUUAAAAGCAUAACUAAGGUAUUGCUAUGGCGUUGGGUGGGAAGUACUGACAUGUGCUUUCUCAUUAGAGCUCACUUUAUGUCAGUGGAGCAGCUAGAAGAGAUUCACCUGUCUCCAGAUGCACAGGGGCUUCAGAGGGUGCACUGGAGGAUUUCUUGUCAUCUGAGGGUGGCAGACAGUGGCUACCAGGCAAUGCAGCAAUGGCAUUUGAAGGUGGGCCCUUGGCAGUGCUGGAAGCAGCAAAAUACACCUGAGCAGGGGCUGGUGGCUGCAGAGACUUUGCACUUAUGCAGGGCAGAAGCAGAACAGCUGCCACAAAGUUCAGUCUUCUGGCCUCUAUGAAAUAAAUUGGGAGUUUCUGAGUAGCUUAAGAGGGAUAAGCUAAAAGCACUGUAACCUAUCUUGUCUCAGGGAGAGAUUCUCUACUGCAUUGAAAAAGCACCCCA